UCUACAAAAUUUGCAGUUCAAUAAUGGUGGAGACCGUAUGGCAGCCGCCAAACAUCGCUCAACAAUGCCCGGCGCAGACAAAUCUCACCGCAUGUACCCCUUUUGGUCUCGUGUACCUCAACUUGUUGGUGAAACUGUUUGGCUCGGCGCCGGACCGAGCCCCUGAGCCGGUAGACGCUGAAACCUACGACUUCAUUGUCAUUGGAGCCGGGGCCGCUGGAUGCGUUGUCGCUAAUAGACUUAGUGCGAUUCAAGAAUGGAAGGUACUGCUCCUAGAGGCUGGCCCUGAAGAACCCGAGAUAACCUCAGUUCCCGCGCUGUCCACAGCGCUCCUAAACUCAAACUUGGACUGGCAGUACAGGACCAUGCCCAGCAAUGUCGCCUGUCUGGCCUUCCCGAACCAGCGAUGCAGCUGGCCAAGGGGAAAACUGAUGGGUGGUUCAAGUUCCAUCAACUCGUUCGUGUACGUCCGCGGCAACAAACUUGACUAUGACGAUUGGGCGGCGCUGGGUAACCCGGGCUGGAGCUACGACGAGGUACUAACAUACUUCAAGAAAUCCGAAAGAAAUCUAAACAUAGAAGUGUUAGACCGAGCAUAUCACGGCGUCAACGGCGAUCAAGCCGUUUCAUUCUUUCCCUAUAUAGGCGAUCCCGCUAUUAUGAUGACCGAGGCCUUCAACGAGACCGGUUUGCCGAUUAAUGACUGUAAUUCCGCCCGACAGUAUGGAACCUUACAGGCCCAAGCCACCUCAGAACAGGGUCAGAGAGCUUCCACUAACAGGGAGUUCAUCAGGCCCAUCAGAUACAAAAGGAAGAAUCUUAAUGUCAGACCUGAAGCCGAAGUUGUCAAAAUACUUUUUGAUGAGAACAGAAGAGCUUCUGGCGUACAAUACAUUAAAAACGGUCAGCUAUUCACAGCUUAUGCGACUAAAGAAGUCAUAGUGAGUGCCGGAUCUAUAAAUUCCCCAAAACUACUAAUGCUUUCUGGAGUCGGACCUAAAGAACACUUGAAUAAUCUUAAUAUACCAGUGAUCUCAGAUUUACCAGUUGGAGAAAACCUCCAUGAUCACGUCACUUUUAACGGGUUAGUUGUUGCGUUGUCAAAUAAAACCGCUACCACUGCCAGCCAGGAAAAGAUCAUUGAAGAUAUAUUAGAGUACAAGCAGAUGGAAGUCAAAAGGGGUCCAUUGUCAGGCAACGGCCCAGUGAACAGUAUAUCUUUUUAUUUGACUGAACCUGGCUUGCCGGCUCCCGAUAUCCAAGUACAAGUUAACAAUGUUAAUUGGGAAGAAUAUGUCAGAGAACCUAUUGAUUAUGAGAGUUUGGCUAUCUUCCCGACGGCAUUUUAUAAUGGAGUCAUACCAAGGGUCAUGAACAAUGUUCCAAAGAGCAGAGGUAGAUUACUCCUCAACGCGAGUGAUCCUUACGGAGAUCCUCUGAUAUGGUCCGGGUAUUUGACUGACCCACGGGAUUUAGAAGUACUAAUAAAAGGUGUGAAAAGGGUUUUGGCUUUGGAAAACACUCAUGCUUUUAGAACUAGAGGUGCUUACUUCGUUAGGACCCCUCUGCCUGCAUGCAAGCACUUGCCUUGGGGUACAGAUUCAUACUUUGAGUGUUUGGCGAGGUCUUACACAUCUAGUACUUACCAUCCUGUGGGGUCUUGUAAGAUGGGCCCCGCUGGGGAUCCCACGGCAGUGGUGGACCCCAGGCUCAGAGUUUAUGGAGUGACAGGGCUAAGAGUUAUAGACGCGUCUAUGAUGCCACAGGUAAUUCGAGGUAACACGAAUGCUCCGUCAAUUAUGAUUGGAGAAAGAGGAGUGGCUUUAGUCUUGGAGGAUUGGCUGGAUAAAUAUAAGAAGUAUAAAUAA